AUGCUGCCUCUUCAGAUCCCCAGCGUUGCCCUGGCCCUGCUCAGCCUCCUGCGGGUGGCCCUGGUCUCGGACUACUGGCGGGUGGCCAGCACUGGCCCCCAGUCCUUCCAUGAGGGGCUAUGGAAGAGCUGUGUGGACUCAGUGUGUGAGCAAAUUUCUUCAGCAUCAGACUCUUUAAAGGUCAUCAGGGCAUUCACGCUUCUGGCCGCGAUCGCUGGGUGUCUCUCCUGCUUUGUUCUCCUCGCCUCAUUCCUGCGCUCCCACCUCCGCUCUGUGCCCCUGGCCCUGCUCUCCUUCCUGGCCAGCUUCACGGCAGGGUUCUGCGCCCUGGUGGCCAUGGCGAUGUACACUGGAGAGUUUUCUGAGGCUGUGAAUGCCACCCAGUUCAUCUUCGGCUGGUCCUUCGGCCUGGGCUGGGCCGCCUGCCCCCUCUUCCUCCUCGCCGGUGUGGUGACGCUGGUUGCUCACCGAUCCUCCUAGAGCCGAGCCUGGGCCCUGCGCUGCUCCUAGAGCCACGGGGCCGGACGGAGCCUGCAGAGUCCUGAGACUGAUUCCAACAACCCCCCCAAGGGGGGAAGAGUGGAGACAGGCCCCACAAUGGGACCCCUCUAUGUACCAUGGAGAAUAAAGAUCCUGUUCGCAGAGACUCUUCUUGUCUGGACCAGAGUGAGACCCACCCUCCGGGCCUGGCAAUGAGACCUCCUGGGAAGAUGAGCUUGUCUCCAGUGCUGUCC